GGAGAGGACGCGCCUGCGCGCCGCCGGCCGCGCACCCGUCACGCAGCCGCCGAGAACGCGGAGGGUCCCUCGUCGCCCGAGCUGCGCGGUUCGCUCCGUAACCCCGUCAACGUUUCGUUCAGUCGGCGGCGCGCCUCCCCGCUUCACAGAGCGAGAGUGAAGCCCGAGUGAAGCCCGAGGGAACGGGGCGGGCGGUCAGUGCGCGCGGUCGCCGGGGACUCACUCUCGGGUCGGGAACCCGCAGCGGAAACACUUCGAAUUUCCGUGCCCUGUUGUUCUGUUGUGACACCUGCUUGCCUUGGCAACGAAGAAGUGAAGUGACCGGAGACGCCAUCGGACUGUCCCUCACGUGCGUCUGGCCCUGCUGCUCCGCCAUGCCAGCUGGGUGCUGAAGAGGAACACUGCUGAUUGCACAGCUCCUUCUCUCCUUCCCACAUCCACCUCUCCCUAUCCCCCCAAUGGGUUCCCGCAGCCAAAGCUUCUUCCAUCAUCAUCAUCACCACCACCACAAUCACCACCACCGCAGCUCAGUCGUUCCUACGGCUGUGCCCAGGCUGGUUCCCGAGACGAACGGGGGCCUGCUGGGGGGUAUCGCCCAGAUCACACCCUCGCUCUUCCUCAGCCGCGGCAACGUGGCGUCAAACCGCAGCCUCUUGCUGUCCAAGGGCAUUACGUGUGUGGUCAACGCCACCAUCGAGCUGCCCAACUUCAACUGGCCUCACGUGGAGUAUGUCAAGGUGCCGUUGGCCGACAUGCCGCACUCGCCCAUCUCGCUGUACUUUGACAGCGUGGCCGACAAGAUUCACAGCGUGGGCCGCAAGCGCGGAGCCGUGCUGGUGCACUGCGCGGCCGGCGUGAGCCGCUCAGCCUCGCUUUGCCUGGCCUACCUUAUGAAGUACCACCGCGUGUCGUUGGCCGAGGCCCACGCUUGGGUCAAAGCCCGGCGGCCCGUUAUCCGGCCCAACGGUGGCUUCUGGCGCCAGCUCAUCGAGUACGAGCGUAAGCUCUUUGGCAGGAACUCCGUGAAGAUGGUGCAGACGCCAUACGGGGUCAUCCCGGACGUUUAUGAGCGCGACCGUAGGAACCUGGCCCCCUACUGGUGCAUGUGAGAAAACGGGCCUCGUCUCGUGCCCUGCGGCGUUCCGCUUCCCCGUUCCUCCGGCUGAAGAUGUGUGAUUGUGUGUUUUUUCAAAGCCCAAACUAAUGAAACUGGGAGCACUGUGUCCAGGGAGCGUGGGCCCUGUCGCCACGCUCAAACCUCGCUGCUCCCCAUCGAUCUGCCUUCAGAAGAGAAUGAGCCACUUGGAGUCCAGAUCCCCAUUUUUGAGAGCACCAGCUAGCGGUUACGCACUAGAGCCGUUAAAAACACACGGGAAGCUGGGCUGCUGCGGACGAACCUGAAACGGGCAAACGUGGAAACGACCCAACCUGAUGUCACGUGAUGGUAUUGUGCCAGUCUUGCUGUUGUCUUCAAUGCACAAGCGACAAAAAUUGCAUUUGGUUCAAAGUAAUGUGCCUGGAAUUCUGGGUAGCAUUCAAGACAUUUGAUUGUGUAAGGAAGCAUGUAGAGAAUCAUGCUGUGGCAGACACAAUCCCAUCAGUCAAGACCUAAAAGAAAAAAAAUAAUGCACCUUGCACGAAGUGCAAAGCUGUAUCCAUGUGAAGACUUUUCGAUAACGAUGACGGUUUCUUCGGCCACAUUUCAUCUUCACGAGGAAGCAUGCUCCAGCCGCCCUGCUCCCAUCCUUCACCUGGGGGGAGGGAUUCUGUAUUUUACAGUCUUGGCAUCUCCACUGUGCAAUAUGGCUUUUUCAUCCUGCCUCUCACGGUAUCUUGCAAACACUCCAAGCAGCAUGUUUGUCACGUUUGCUAAAAGAUUCUAAUAAGGAAACGGCGAUAUUAUUUAAUACGUGCCCCUAAAAGUAUUCUGGAUAAAAAUUCAUCUCAUUUGACAGUGCUACCAGCCUACAAAUGAUUAAUUACCACAGUAGAAUUCCUUAAAAGGCCAAAUCGUAGUGACGGGGCAGCUUUUUUGUUUUACGGGAACCAUUCAGGCUUAGUAUCUCACUCAAGGGUACUACAGCUGGAGUUGGGAUGCGAACCUGCGACCUCAGCUCUAAGCACCACGCAGCCAAACACGCACAGUGGAGCAUCAGAACUGGGAAGGGCUGUGGCAGGAAGCCUCUGCAUGGAGCUUUAGAGGAGGGACCAGAAAGGAUUACUGUCUUGUAACAUUAACACUUGGGUAUGGAACACCACCACCUGGCUUUUGCGGGUGAGAAUUGAUUGCAGAGUUGAAAAUGUCCCAGUUCCUAAAUUAAGCCGCACCUGCAAAAGCCAUGUGGUGAUUUUUUUUUUUAAAUGCAAAUACAUCCAUUCAUUAAUCCGCCGAGGAACGGGAUGCCAUGUAAACACAUGCAGACCCUGCCGUCCUGCUUUGUGCACCGUUGCUCAUGCUGGGUUUCUUAGUUUAAAAAAAAAAAAA